CCCAGAAAGGGCCAUGGCUGCCGCUGGCCUGGGAGGAAGGCAGCGGACACUGCCGGCGGCAGCCGUAUCCAAGUCACCGUUAAUUUCCCCACAGGCAGCAGCUCCCAUCCGAGGGAAGCCUAAGAAGGGUCUGGUUUAUCCUCAACUUCCGAAGAGCUCCCGCCUGUCUCGGUCCGUUCUGCGCUGGCUCCAAGGCCUGGAUCUCAGCUUCUUCCCAAGGAACAUCAACAGGGAUUUUUCAAAUGGCUACCUAAUUGCAGAAAUAUUCAGUAUAUACUACCCCUUGGACCUUAAGUUGUCAUCCUUUGAAAAUGGAACCUCUUUAAAAGUCAAGUUGGAUAACUGGGCACAGUUGGAGAAGUUCCUGUCAAGAAAAAAAUUCAAAUUGCCUAAAGAACUAAUCCACGGAACGAUACACUGUAAAGCCGGAGUACCUGAAAUACUGAUUCAAGAGGUUUAUACUUUGUUAACACAUCGAGAAAUUAAAAGUAUCCAGGAUGACCUCGUGAAUUUCACAGACUAUAGUUACCAGAUGCAUUUGCCCCUGGUCCCCAGGUCUACAGCUUCAAAAUCUAUUAAAGAUAACAUUAGGUUAUCAGAAUUAUUAAGCAACCCCAACAUGCUCAGCAAUGAACUUAAAGUAGAGUUCCUCUUCCUUUUACAAAUGUUGCAAAGAAAAUUAAGCAGAAAACUGAAUCCAGACUGGUUUGAGGUCAAACCAACAGUGGGAGAAUUUACUCUUCGUCAUCUUCCUACCCAAACCACUGGGCACAGAAAUAAUUUAAAGAUUUCAAAGGAAAAAGUUGCUCCUGUUUUAUCAAAUGCAGGUAAUGGUGGCUAUCUACAUAGAGAAAUUAAUGUGAAACAAGCUGGAAAAUUGAGUCCAUUAUGAAACGAUCAGAAAUAUGGAAAAGUGACUUGCCACAUUGCUUUGAAGAAGUGGUGCCACCAUCUCUUGUCAUACUACAGGGAACUAACCACCUAGUUUUGGAUCUAAUUCAAUAAUAUGUAAAUUAAAGUGGAGUCUUAGCUGUAAUUAGGCUAAAGAACAUGUCUUUUCAUUCAAUUCAACAGUGUUUUAUUGAAUACCUAUUAUGUGCCAGUUAAUGUUGGAAAUACAAAAUUAAAUUUAUUAGUAUAGAAAGAACAAGCAGAAAUAACUUUAAAGGUACAGUUAAACAUAUUUCACCACGACUAGUAAGCAUUCUUUCUCAUACAUUUUGUAGCAAUGGUGAAUCUACUUGAAAUGGUUUCCUCACCAGAAAUUAAAGGAACCAAUUCUUUUCCUGUAUAUUUACACAUGAUAUUUGUGGUAGGGGGCAGUCCUAGAGUGGCCUGCUGCCUUUCCCUGGGACCCACAAAUACAUCCAGUGCUCAGGACCAGGUGUAUCUGCCUGGCAGGAUAAAACACAAUCUCUUAGUAGAUAAGAGGACUGCCAGUACAUUCCUUCCCCUUUUGUCCUAAGCAUAUGUAAACUUCACCGGAGACAGUCUGAUUCUGGCGGACACGUUUUACAACAUCCAGCUCACACCCUAAUGGUAUAUUUGUCUCUGAUGGGGAGGGAAUGGGGUUCCUCUACUACAGCAGCACACAAACAAGUAGGAUAUCUCCCUAAGUCAGCCAUGGAUUUAGUCCUGUUGGCUACAGGAGACAAAUGCCCACAAAGCAAGCUGACCUCGCUCUGUCUUUUCUCUAUAUGAGACUGUGAGCUUUGCUUCUGCUGGUGACCCAACACCUGUAUUGGAAAGGGCUGGCUUCUUUUUACUUAUCUCUCCUUCUGACUGACAGCAUUUAUUAAUUAAACUUUUAUUCUGAUGGAUUAUUAUUAUAUAUUGGUCCAUAGAAAAUCUUGCCUAUCACCAUGAACAGCCUUCAUUUAAACUCAUUUAAAUGACUGUUACUCCUGUCGAUGAUGCCUGUGGGGAACAAGAAUCAUGGGUUUUUGAAUCUGGUACAUACAUGCCAAUUAAUAAUCCUCAUGUAAGAAAAAUCUGAGUUAUACAUAUCACUCAGUUAAAAAAAUACUUCACAUUACACUUGAUAUUAAACACUGCACCUCUGAAUUUCAUACAUUCUAUGUUUCUUUAAUAACUGAUUUUUUAUAAAAUUGAAUUUAAGCCUGCAAUUUCUUUUUGAUGAGUUAGAAUUAGUCAUUCUGAUAAAUAUAAUAAAUACGUACAUAUUAUAAGGUUUUAAAAAGAUUUUAAAUGCAAUAACUUUAAAGAUAACAAAAUGCACAAUUACUUUAGUUAUACGAGCUUACUGUUAAGCCAGACAAAAACAUCUAUAUUACAAAUCCUGUAAAACAACUUGAGCAUCAAAGUACUAUUCAUCCUACUAUGUACUCAUUUCAUAAAUCUCAAAGCCAGAAUUCUAGUCCAACUACAAUACUUCUAGUCACACAUCACACUUUUUACAGCUUUACAUUUUUAAUAAAUAUUAAAAAUAAUUAAAUUUCCAUAAUAUAUCCAAAAUUUUAACUAAUAUCCUUACAUACAUUUAUUUGAAACUAAUUUUCAUAAAAUAAAUUGUUGAAUUUUAAAGAAAGUUAAUAUAAAUUAGUUUUAUUAUUUAUAUAAUAAAUUCAUCAAAAACUAAAAUCUGUACCCACCAAAUAUCUAUUUAAAAUAAUUAUAUUUAAUGCAAAUUCUCAUAUAUAUUUGACAGCAUUUUGUAUCUUUCACCCCCAAUUGUUUUCCAUACUUACAUAACCUAAACCUUUAUAUCAGACAGUUCAACAUCAGAUGAAAGCUUGGUAACAUUAUCUUCUUUUAAUAAUAAAACUGAAAAAUAUUUUGACUGUGUAUCCAUUUAUUCAUAUUUAUCAAACUUGUGACAACCUUUAUUAAAUAUGAGCUAAAACUAGUGGCUUACUACACUUAUUGUAAAGGACAACAUAGGCACUUGUUAACUUGAAGAUCAGUUGAGCAAACCUUACUUUUCAAUUUAUGGAGACACUCACCCAAAUAUUCAUUAAGUACUUCCUAUAUGUCAAGCCCUAUUCUCAG